AUGGCCCUGCACACCAGGAGCCUGCCCCUGCCCAUCAGCUGGUCGGAGGACAGCCCUGCAGCACCAGGAGUCUCCCCACCACCACCUAUCAGCUGGUUGGAGGACAUCCCCAUGGAGGCACGAUGGCCCCUGCCCGUCAGCUGGUCGGAGGAUGGCCCCGCAGCAGGAGGCCCACAGAUCAACUGGUCAGGAGAGGGUCCCACAGCAGCCGCUGGAGCAGCAUCCCUGGGGCAGGAGUACUCAGCCCCCUCUCCCCCAAAGAAGUCUGGCCAGCAACUGGCCGUGGACAGCAGCCUCCCCUCCGCCCUCCCCCACAUCCUGCAGAAGUCCACCCAGCAACCAACAUGUGGACAGCCCCCCUGUAGGAGCCCGCCCAGCAACUGGCUGUCUGAGCACCCAUUGUUAGAUGAUGGACUAUAUGAAGUCAGUGCUGGAUUCUUGGAGGAAGAUUCCAUCGAGGGCCAGACCACGUGUCAACAGCCAAUUUGCAGCAUCCAUCUGGCCCCUCACAUACUUCUUCAUCCCAAGCAAAGGCUCCUUAUCUGUCAGAAAGUCACAUCAAUCCUCAUCCAGCAGCUAAUUCUGGGUUCACCUCCCUCCUCACCUGGAGUACAGCAUUUCAGGGAGCCGAAGACCCACCAUUCAGAAAGUGUGGAUCCAGUCUUUGAAAAACACUUCCACAGCCAGAGGAUGAGUGCUCCAUCAUGGGUCAGUUUAAUUGGUGAUCCUUCUUUUCCUGCCCCUCUAUUCUCCGAGGCUCAGCUCUUCAUUCUUUAUGAAGCUUUCUUUGAACAGAGUGCACCUACUGCCCCAGAGACACAUUGUAUGACAGCUCUGAUGACAUACUUGAAACUAAGUAUUUCCCACAGAGAGCACCACAGAGGCAAAGACUGUAAUGGCAACUAAGACUACCUACCUUGUCUGUGCCUGAGGGCCACAAAUAGCCUCUAGGGGGCUGGACCAGAAGUCUGAUUGACAAGCAGGGUAACCAACUGCAGCCGCUGGAGAACCUGCACAUGCCUGAGACAAUCCUAACAUGUGAGAGGCAGCCAACAGACCCCCUGUUUGGGCAGAGGAGGAGGAGUUACUGGGGACAGCGCCUGCCUGACUGACAUGCCUGGGUGACCAACUGCAGGUCCUGGAGAGGCUGCACAUGAGGGAAAGGAAGGGGCAGAGGGAUAUAGUAUGGAGCGUGGUUGGGAAUUGAGGUGUUUUUUUCUCAUUUUCUCAGCUCUUGUACUCCUGUGUCUGGGUUCCUUUUUUUCUUCCUGUACUCAACGUGUGGUGAAGGAGGGAAGAAAAUGUUUUGCAAGUUCCCUUCCACCUCCCCCUGUAGUAUCAUGGCAAUGAGUCACACAGUCAACACUUCAUCCUCUUAGUGUUCUUUGAAAUAUAGUUCUAGUUUUAGUGUGGCUGGAAAUGCAGGAUGUGACCUCCAAAGGGCACAAGGAGUUUUUAAGAAGCAUUAAAUUUUCCAUAAUCGUUCAGCAAACUGAAUGAUGCUGCCAAAAAGGACAUUCUCUGAACAUGCAAGAAGGUGCAGCAAACAGCACAUUCAGUCAUCCGGGUUAGUAGGAGAAUCCUCCCCUAUAUAACUGUGGAAAUCACUUACCUCAUGACCCUCUGUAAGGAGAGGAAGUAAUAUGGCUGGUUUUUGGGUGAGCAGAGCUGCUGGAAAAAGAGAGAAGGAACCCAUUAGAUGGGAAAGACAGCUGCUACUGAUCUGAGAAGAUCAGGGGAUUUGGUUUCAGCUCAAUAUCUUGUCCUGCAGAGGGACUUGACAUUCAGAGUGGACCAAACUGCGUUGUCUGUAAAACUAAUGGCAAUUAUUUCACUCUCACAUGAUGCUGCUGCCCAAUUACCAGCGCUCUCCAUUCCCCUUGCAGAACCCCACCAUGCAAUGGGCUAAACCGAGGCAUGAGAGGGUAUGAGUCAUGGAAAGUCCACACCACAUUUAAGGGUUGAUAUGUUUAAGGGUCUGUUUUAUAUAUAACUCCAGGCUCUGCCUUUGUGCCAAUGAGGGAGUUGAUUCCUUCUUCACUAACACUUCAAUGCAGCUCUCCUAUUUAAUGAUAUCAUAGUUGCAGCAUACAGGACAUUCAUGCAACUGAAGUACAGGAGCAGCCUCACGUGUUACCCUGACCCUUUGGCUCAUAAGACUAUGAACUUGGAGUCCUGACUGAAUGAAAUCACAUUAGUAACCACACUGAAGCAUUUCCUGCUGCUCACAUGCUGCAUUGCUAGAUACCUUUGGAGCUUCUACAGUUGUGGUCAUAUCUCUGAUGGAGAAUCACAUUCCGUAUCCCCUGGGAGAGAAUAAACCUCCAAUCAGUUUAGUGUCUAAACUUCUGACCAGUGUUCAUGGGGGAAGAAUAAACCUCCCUUGAAUGACCUAUUAGGUAUGGAGGUAGAAACAUCUCUCUU